ACGAAACUCACACCAGCGACAACAGGGCAAUACUGGGCCUGGACCUGCAGAGCGCCUUCGACAAAGUCCGGCACUCUGCGAUCCUCGCCCAAGUGUCGCACCUGAACAUGGGACAGAGAUCUUACAAUUACAUUCGGGAUUUCCUGACCGACCGCACGACUCACAUCUGCGCCGGGGAUCUCCAACUACCAGAGAAAACGCUCGGCAGCGAGGGGACACCACAAGGCGCGGUAAUCUCUCCGCUGCUCUUCAACUUGGUCAUGAUCGAAGUCGCCAACCGGCUGCGGAGCGUCGAUGGGGUACGCCACACGGUUUAUGCCGACGAUGUGACGCUGUGGGUCACCGGCGGCAGCGACGGCCACAUAGAGAAUACACUACAAGAAGCAGUAAAAACGAUAGAGGACCAACUGAAGGGAUCGGGGCUGGUGUGUUCCCCCGCAAAGUCGGAGCUGAUGGUGAUUCCACCCAGGGGAGCGAGCCGCAAGAAGCAAACUAUCCGAGACUGCGAUAAAAUCCGCAUACGAACGCAAGGGGGGCACAUCAUCCCCGAGGUAGCCAAGAUUAGAGUGCUGGGCAUGAUCAUCGAACGCAGCAAAGUCAACGGGGCAACGGUCUCCAAGCUCGAAGCUAAGACCGGCACGGCACUGCGUCUCAUACGCCGCGUCGCCAAUAGAAGAAGCGGGAUGAAGGAAGCAAGGCUCGUCAGACUGAUUCAAGCCUUCGUGAUGAGCCAUAUCACCUACGUCGCCGCCUUCCAUAAUUGGCGGCAGUGCGAGCGGAAGAAGAUCGACGCGAUGAUCCGCAAAGCUUACAAAUCAGCAUUAGGACUCCUAGGAUGCACGAGCACGCAGAAGCUCGAAGCCCUGGGACUCCACAAUAGCCUGGAAGAGAUCGCCGAGGCACAGCAGACGGCGCAGCUCACCAGACUGUCGGGAACCAGGACCGGCAGAUCUAUCCUCAAACAACUAGGCAUCGGAGCCAAGGAAGACGACACCGGAUGCAGGAGCAGAUACCGCGGGAGCUGGACAUUCCAUCAAGAAAGAAGAGAGGCGAGAGCCAAGGCGCUGAUCGCGCUACACGCCGGCGAUGAGGGAGCCGUGUUCGUGGACGCGGCCAGUUACAAGAACAUCGGCGACGCCUUCAGCGUCAGCGUGAUCGGAGCCAAAACGGGUGAGAUCAGGAUGGCGGCCAGCGUGCGGACCACUGUGCCCAGCCAGGCAGAAGAAGUGGCGGUAGCCCUCGCCAUCGCGGACCCCAGAACGAAGACGGUGUUGUGCGACUCGCGAACGGCAGUGCGCAACUUUGCGAAACAGCGAGUGUGCAGUGCGGCAGCGCGCAUCCUGCGAAAGGCCGAAGUCAACGGAGUCAUCACCAGUGCGGUGAUAAAGUGGUUUCCCGCCCACGCGGGCGCGGAAGUGGCGGGCUCGCUGGGGCUCACCAACCACAACGAGACGGCCAACUCCGUGGCGCGUGGACUCGCCGGCCGCGCCCCGGUAACGGCGGCCGCCGACGUGGUGGAUCGCCCCGAGAAGGACACCAUGGACGCUUACAACGAGGUAACCCUGUGGUACCGGUUAGCCAGAAGAACGAUGGCCCUGCCCCACCCCCGUCUGACGCGGGAGGAGGCGGUGGUAUUCCGCCAGUUACAGACUAACUCCGUGAUAACGCCAGUGUUAGCAAAGCACCUGUGGCCGGAGGUAUACGUAACAGACUUAUGCAGACUGUGCGGGAAGGAAAGGGUCACGUUGGCCCACAUCCUGGAAGACUGCGAAUGCGCGAACGCGGACAACAGUGCAGACGUUCUCCCGCCCCUCAUGGAGGAGGCGAAGAGAUCCGAAGACUACGACGUCCAACACACGGCCGUCCAGCAGAUCCUAGCGGCACUCGAGAAGCAGCGACCGGACGGGAUGGAAGCAGAAAGGGUUAACCCGAGUACGCUGAAGCCCGCCGCGAGCGGCUCUCCCCGCUAAGAAGACGUCCGGCCACGUCGCCCCAAGAACCCACCUGAGAGGGUGGGAUGAUAGGGGUUACUGCAGGAGACCCAUUAAAGUUGCU